AUGGAAGGUGACGAUUUAGAAGAUUCCAUGGACGAAACUCUCAUGGAUAAAUCUACGGAUACAUCUCAAACUCAACAAUCAUCAACAGGACAACCAAAAAUUUAUCAUCGAUGGACAGUUAAAGGUUAUUGGAAAGAUAAACAUAAACAUAGUCUACCAGAUGGAUGGUGUGAAGUAUUUCAUACAAGUGGAUUUCCAAUAUAUUUUCAUAAACAAACACGUGUUGUAACAUUAUCACGUCCAUAUUUUCUUGGUUCUGUAAGUGUUCGUCAUCAUUUAAUACCGGUUACAUCAAUACCUUGUUUAUAUAUGAAACGAUUACAACAAGAACUCGAUGAAAAUGAAGACUUAUCAUCUAUCAAUGAUGAAUCAAAAUGUCCAUUUAAACAAGAACGACAAGAUAAUUCAAAUUCAACAUCAAGUAGAAAACGAAAACAUAGUGAUGAAGAUGAUGUUGAAGAAGGUGAAAUAUCUUCUCCUCAUGCAUCAACAAUGACAAAUCUUGAAGAAUCUCCAUCCUCAUCAUCAACACGAAUAAUAUCCGAACCAAUAAAUAAUAUUCCAACAGAAAUCUCAUCAACACGUCCAACAAAACCACAACAAUUACCUGUAUCAUUACAAAUUUUAACUAAUUCAACAUUAGAUGAUACACUUCGUUAUAGUACAUUAUCAUCCGAUGAAUUACGUUCGUAUUGUCAACGUCGAUUUGCAUUUGAACAACGUGAAUUUAAAUUUUUUGCAGCACUUAGUGAUAAAUGGAAAUAUAUUCGUCAAGCACAAAUGAAACGUCGUGAAAUGAAUAUACCAGCUGAUACACAAAUUAUUGAACUUCAACCAUUAUCAUCAAAUGAUCAAUCUGUUGUUGUAUCAGCUACAGUUAAAACAACAAAACCAUCAAUUAAACCAAUAACAAAAUCAGCAUCAGAAUCAUCAAAUUUAAAUAAUAAAAAAGUAACUAUUGAUUUAUAUCCAAGUAAAAGUCCAAUUGCACUUUUACAAGAAUAUGCACUUAAACGUUUAAAAUUAUCUGUUCGUUAUGAUUGGUUUACAACAGAUGUAUCAAAUUCACCAUUUGGCUGUCGUGUACUUGUUGGUGAUAAUGUUUAUGGUACAGGUAUUGGUAGAAAUAAACGUACAGCUAAAUUAAAUGCAACAGAAGAAUCAUUAAUUAUUCUUAUACCACAAUAUAAAAAAUUACAAGAACAACAACAACAACAACAACAACAGCAACAACAACAAAUAGGAAGUAAAGAAUCAAUUAUAGAAGAUAAAUCUAUGGAUGAAGAAGGUUGUAUUGACGAGGAUGAAUCAUCUUCAAGUGUAAAUAAUAAUCAUAAUAAUAAUAAUACUAAUAAUAAUAAUGAUUUAAAUGAACAAGAACAAGUUAGUAGUUCAUUACUGGAUGAAUAUAGUAUAUCAGAUGCAAAUAUUUAUGAUGUUUGUAUUACACUUGGAAAGCCAACACCAUAUCAAAUGCUUGAAAAAAGUUUAACAUAUAAUGUAUUAACACGCAGUGAAUCAGAUAUUAAAGAAAUAAUGACAAAAAAACCUAUGUUUACACAUAUAACAUUAGAAAUUGGUAAUGAACAUAGAGAAGAAGCACAAGCAAAAGAUAAAGCUCAUGCAAAAAAUUUAGCUGCACAAAAGUUAUUAAAAAAACUUCAUCCACAUUUACAUACAUAUGGUUCAUUAAUUCGUUUAUAUGAAAAAAAUGCUGAUACAUAUAAACGUGUUCGUGUUGAUGAUGAAUUAGCUGAUAUAGUACGAUGUGCCAAAAAGAAUGAACCAAAUCAUGCAUUAUUAGCUAAACUUCGUGAAGAAAUGUUAAAAUUAAAAACUAGUAAAACAUCAUCAUCUUCAUUUAAUCAAUAUGCAAUACACAUUGUUGAUGUUAGUGAUGAAUUGCUUGGACGUUCAUCAUCAUCAACAUAG